AUGAAUCAAAGCAGCAACACUACAACACAGGGGAACACAGAUAAAAAUGAAGGUGUUUUCAAGGCAGCGAUCCCGUGCCUGACGGUACUUGGACUUUGGGCGAUUAUUGGGAACACCAUCAGCCUAGUCGUCUUACUCAAAACGAAAAGUCUCCGACGGCGCAGAUCAAACUAUCUACUCGUCAAUCUGUGCAUCGCCGAUUUUCUCGUCGGCCUCAACUGCUUGUUCAGGGUUAUCGCUUUUCUGAGAUUCCUGCUCUCAGUGCGUUAUCUUAUCCACGCCUUUGAUGUAUUCGUUUUUAGUUUGAAUUAUUUCUCAACCUGUUCAUCGGUCAAUUUUCUGGCCGCUGUAUCGGUGGAGCGUCUUGUUGCAGUCGCCUUUCCUUUCUAUCACCGAGGAACGUGUAAGACAUUUUACGGUCUCCUGAUCGGAACUCCUUGGGUCAUCGCCCUUAUUAGUACAGUGACGAUGUCAUUGCGCGAUUUUACCCCACUCAUACCUGUGAAGAUUAUUUUAACAUUGUUCUUUAUCUACAUCUUCUUGCCUUUUCUAAUAAUGCCAGCUGCCUACACCGUCAUCAUGAUCAGAUCCAGGGCGAGUCAUAUCAACGGACACGGAGCCCGUGAAAGAUUGCGUGACAAGAAGCUUGCCGUCACGCUUCUCAUUGUCACGCUGGCGUCACUAGUCACAUGGAUUCCUAAUAUGUGUUACUGGGUCAUACUAAGAUUAAAUUUUUUGUCUUAUAAUUAUUAUACUGAGAUGACUCUCCGUUAUCUUCAAUAUUCCAACUCGUGCAUUAACAUCGUGGUGUACGCCUGGAGGAUUCCUGAGUUCAAACAGGUUUUGUUUAGGCAUAAACCUGUUGUUGCGAACGUGCAAGGUAGAGCAGGAGAACGAAAUGCAGGAAGGUGUCAAGGCGCGCUAGCAGAGCCAAUAGAAAUGCACCAUAUACAGCGGGGAGAACAUAACCAAAUAAACGUACAAUUGGACGAUAAUCAGGAUUGA